AUCGAAUUAAACACUCACGCCGCGCGCGAGCGGGACUGUCUUCUCCCGCUGGGCCAUCAUUAAAACGCGAACGUUCGUGACGGCCGUUAGGCGAUGUCUUGAAAUUACAAGUCGGCUCUCUCUUUCUUGCUCUCUCUCUCUCUCUCUCUCUCUCUCUCUCUCUCUCUUCUCUCUCUCUUCUCUCUCUCUCUCGCGCUCGGGAGUCCCGUCGAAAAUCAUGGAGGUGUUGAUCGAUUGCUAUUUCGACAGGCUCUUCUCGGAAAUGGAGCGUAGUUGCUUGGCCUCGCGGUACAAGCGGCGCGAGCUGGUCAAUUAUUUCACGGACGUGAUAAACAGUUGUGCAGAAGCGGAGAACCUGGACAAGCAGGACGUGUGCGAGAGGAUCGUCCUCUCGGCUCUGCGGUAUCACAAUAUCACGAUGAUGGAGAACGGAUCGGUCUGCCUGCUCGGCAAGUUCCACAACGUGCUGUACGUGGCGGCGAAGCUCUGCUACGAUUGGGAGCUCGCCAACAAUGAGAUCGUCAGCCGGCUGUUGAACGACAUCUUCUACUGCGAGAAGACCUUCGAGCGGCUGAUUGUCGGCGCGAUCUUCGGCACGCGUGUCACCCACUUCCUGUCGGGCUGGAAAUGCGACUUUGACGACCGCGAGGAGAACAUCCGGGCGCUGGUGUACUUCUUGGAUCACGCGAUCGGCGGCCGGCUCGAGUACCGUUGCGAGUCCUCGCCGAUCAAGAGACGCUUCAUCGACGUGCCGAUGGAGUCGUACGGGCAGGUUCUGCCGCUGCGAGUCGUGAUACAGCACGGUGCGCCGGACAUCCUGUUGAUCAUGUUGCGCUACGGCGCCUCCAUCGAGUCCGACCAGCUGGCACCGUCGCCGAUAGAGAUGAUCCUGACGAAACUGUGCGACUUUGACGAGCAGUCCGACGAGCAGGACAAAGUCGUCUAUCCCGAGCACCUGCUCACGUGCCUGAAGCUGCUGCUGCGGACCACGACGGUCACCUACGUGCGGAUUCCUCGUCACAUCGCCGAGCACAGCGGCAUUUACAGCGUGUCCUUGUACGAGCAGUACCCCAAACUGGUCAGUCAGAACUUGAUACCGCCGGAACGUAGCGGACUCUGCCCGGCUGAGCUCCGGCAUCUGUGCCGUUGCCGGAUCCGCGAGUCCCUCCGCGCCAACUGGGCGCUUCCUCACGGAAUCAAGAGACUGCAGAUCCCGGAGUCGCUGAGGAAUUACUUGGACCUCCUGCAGGACUGACAAAUAUCAAGUCGUCGCCGACAGAGCGUGGGUCUUGCAAAUAUUUUAUCGCACGUCCACAGUGUGCACAGUUAUGUCCUAGAAUCCCGACGCGAUAUAGUAGCGCGUUCCCCGCGAAAUCCUGCAGACGCGUGUUCCAAAGUUCACGCGUGACCCCGCGAGUCGCGGUGCCGUCGGUAAGUUCGCUAAAGCGGAGCGAAGGAGAAGGCCGAAGGUCUCGGAGGAAAAGUCAAGUUUCCAAAGAUCGCUGCGUCUCAUCGUCGCGUCUCGCCGGCUUCACGCGUCUUGGGAAUUGGAGGAACGCAUUGUGAGGGAUGCUCGCUCGUCCGCGUUGC